AUGUCCAGUUUUACUUUGCACAGCUUUUGCCAGUUUGGAUUCCUUACUUACCUUAUGCUUUCUUCCUACAUUUCAGUAACAUCCUCAGUGAGCCUCGAUUUAACUGAACUGAGAAAUAAAGUAGCAAAAAUCAAAGUGAGUCCGAGAGGAAACCUAUGGGCGACAGGUCAUUUCAUGGGUAAGAAGAGCGUUGAUGAUGAGCUGUUACCGUCCGAUAAUGAUGCUGCGAUGAGUGCAAUGGAGGUUGCUCUGAGUCCUCAACAGACGGAACCGAACAACCUUUAUCAGGAGGUACUGAAGAUCGCACUACAAGCACAGCUCGAUUCCCCGGAGAGCCGCUUUAAAAACCCGGAGACAGCGUUGUUGAUGAAGAUAUUAGGAAACUACGUCCAGAGCAACAGGAAAUGGUGA